UUGGAAAACGGUUUAGUGCUGAGUGCGACGUACGCAGGAUGCAGUUAACGGAUAUAACGCUAUAAUCGACAACUUGGGAGGACAAGCACAUAGACCUGCAAGGAGAAAGAGGCCCAACGAGAAACCAUGAUGAGGUGAUGGAUAAUCUGUGGAGACAGGGAACAACAUGGCGGGCGAUGCGACGUGUUUUUUGUAGAAGCUCAAAGGUGAUCCUCGUAAUCAGGCCAUAAAGAGAAAGAUUUCCACAUUUUCAAGUUUUCUGCGACAGGUUUCUGAGUUCUGCAAAGGGCCUCACCGAGUGACAUGAGGUCAUAUGAUGACCAAGACGAUCGUAAGAUGAAGAAACGCCGGAAGAAGCGGUCCAAGGUUCACCCAGGAUAUGGUAACCUUCAGGAAGACUCUGGUCUGUCUAACGAAGGCUUCGAGAUGGGAGAGAAAAAGAAACACACAUUAAAAAAGGGCUCACAGUUUGCCAGAUCAUUUAAGGAAGUGUUGAAAGCUGCAAACGUGUUCUCUGCUGCACAAGCAGUACAAGAAGCCGUUUCUAAGUGGAGAAACUACAACACGAGUCGCCGUCAUGUUCAGGAGAACAAAACAGUUUACAGACACAUAAAACCCAAGACAGUGUAUGCUGUUAAGAAGAAGCCAGAGCUUGAAGGGCUGGCCAGUGAUCUGGACGAUGAUGUGGAAGAUGAUCAAAUUGAUGCCGCACUGGGAUUUCCUGGACUUGGUGACACUGCAGCCAAGAGAAAAGCCUCUGCCAGCAAUCGUGCCUUUAUCUCGUACUUUGCCAAGCUGGGCAAGGUUGACGGAAGUGACGACUUCGUAGACCUUGAUUUCUUGGAGAAUCUGAUCGACAAUGGAGCCAACGUGAACUCCACAGACAGAUAUGGGCAGUCUGUGCUACAUGAGGUUGCACGAGCCUGGCACAUCGAUGUGGCCAAGUUUUUGCUGGGGAAAGGCAUGGACCCAAAUCAGAAGGAUGUGUACGGAAGAACAGCUCUGCACGUGGCGGCUGCAGUCAACUACCCAGAAAUGGUGGAGUUCCUUGUCCAGCAUGGAGCGGACAUCGAGUCAAAGACAAGAGAGGAGCUGCAGACGCCAGUACACUUUGCUGCGAGGAAUGAUGCAGUGAUGUCAUUAAAGAUGCUGAUUAAGCACAAUGCUGACUUUAAGAAACCCAGAGACUACAAGGGCAGGACACCACUCCACCUAGCAGCUGAGCUAGACCGCAGUGAAACAGCCAGGUACCUGGUAGAGCAGGGUGCUGAGGCAGGGGUGCAGGACUACAGCGGACAGGCCUGCAUCACUCACAUGAUCACCAAAAUGCCUCCUGUGGCAAAGGAGGCACUUAACCAGUUCCAUCCUACAGACCGUGCCAACAGGAAACAGUACUACUACCUGAACAACAUCGAACCUGUCUUGCCUGAAUCAUUUAAGAAAGUUGCAGGGGAAGCUGCUGACAGUCUUGCCAAAACACCAAUGGAAGUCGCAGUGCAGUACAAACAGUAUGAGGUUCUGCAGCACCCUGUAUUCCAGAAACUCAUCUCUAUGAAAUGGAAAAGAUUUGCAAGGAGAGGAGCCUGGUUAUCCCUCUUCCUUAACUUCAUCUUCAUUGUGAUGUGGACAACCCUGGCUGUGGCACCUGCGUGGAGGGUUAGGUUCACUUACACCUUCCCACAGGACUGGUGGAGAAUCAUUGUUUCUAGCAUAGCAGUGCUGCUGACAUUUUACCAUAUCAUUGUGGAACUGAAGGAGUUCUUUUCAGACAAGCAAAAGUUUCAGGCAUGGCAAAAAUGGCGAACAGAGGAGAUCAGGAAAGACCUGACGUUCUGUCACCCGCGAUGGCCUGAGGAGAGGGCUUUCCUUCUCAGGGAGAUCGAGCAGAUCCAUGACCAGAAAUCUUCCUAUUUCUCGGAUUUCUGGAAUCUGUUUGACUGGACGCUGUACCUCCUCCUGCUGGUGUGUAUAACAACGCACAUCGUGGACGUGUUUGCUCACAGCGAGGAGCUGGCCAGGUGGCACAUCAGGAUAUUUGCUCUCACCAUCAUCAUCAUGUGGCUUCGUCUCAUGAAGAAUGCUCGUGCUUUCAGGGCCAUAGGACCUUUCAUCGUCAUCCUGUCGCACAUGUUCUAUGACAUCCUCAGGUUCGUCUACCUCUACCUGGAGUUCUACAUUCCAUUCGCCUGUGCCUUCUGGAUGCUGUUUGGAGGCAGAGGUGUGACAGGGUUCCUGAAUGUCCCCACUAUGCUGUACACCAUGUUCCGCCUCACCCUGGUGGAUGAGUAUGACUAUGAUGGCCUACAUGCAGAAGAUCCGAUCUUUGCAGACCUGCUGCUUGCCAUGUUCUUCUUUGUCUCUGCAAUCCUGUGUAUCAAUCUCUUCAUCGCACUUUUGUCAGACACAUUCCAAAGGGUUUAUGACAAUGCAGUGUCCAAUGCCAUCAUGCAGCAGGCACAGACGAUCCUCGGUCUGGAGGCUAGCAUGUCAAAGAAGAAGCGGGAGAAGUUCAAGGCCAUGAUCCAUUCCCAGUGUGCCCCUCUCCCCGAGUACUACGACGAUGACAUGACGUCUGCAGAAGGGGACGACUUGCAAAAGAUCACAUUCCAGAUAAUGGAAGAGGUUGAACAAAUGCAUGAGAUGAUGCGGAUGAUGUACAAGCCGGGGGAUGAGGGCACUUCCUCUGACCAGCCUAGACCUAUCAGACCAGUCUAUCCUGCUAGUACUGACAGUGGGCUGAGUGACAGCCAUCGAUCAUCAGGUGCAAUGGUGUCCCAGGUGCAGGAAGAAGUGAAGACCCUGCGAGAUGAAAUCAGCAACCUGCGGCUGCGGCAGGACGAGAUGUUUGAUCGCAUGCGCCAUGACAACAGCUCCAUGAAGCGCUUCCUGCAGCACUUGAUUGACAUUCAGUCUCAGGGAGGUUUCCAGCCGAGAGGAGGGGGUGAGAGCAGCAUGGGGGUACGGGGCCCCAGCAGACUGGAGCCGCUGUCUGUGGGCGACCACGGCAGGGGGGACAGGAUGAGGGGGUCACCCAGAAGCUCACCUCUAGCAAGAGAAGUCAGGGAUGACAGUCCGUUUGGUGUCCGUGACAGAGAUGUGGAGAAGGGCCUGCCAGAGUCUCGCCAGUCUCACAGAACCUCCAGCAGGCAGAGGAGGGAACAGGAAUUAGAGAGGCGUGACCUGUCUGACACACCGUCCAAUGACGUGUCUCCUGGCUCCGAUGACGGUCCUGAUGGUGACAUGCAUGCUCACAUGGCAGGAGGGGACGCAUGGCAACCUCCACAGGACGUGAGGAUAAAGUCAACUGUUAGGGGCUCAUCAGGAACUAGCCAUGCGUGACACAGCAUAGACCAGCACCAGGCAGCUGAUAAUGUUUAGUGGGCUUCCUCUAUGUGUGUAAUCAUAAUGGCUAUUAUGUACAGGGUAACGAGUUACUAACAACCCUGUGAUUUUCAGAGUAGGUGUAGAUCAUUUACUACUCUACACAUGCAUAUUAUGUUUAGGGCAAAUGGCCAGUAGAAUUUUGCCUGCACCUGUAGAGUAUCAUAAUCUGAUGAAGCACUUCCUGUAAAAUCAUCUGUUUUUAAGUUGUCAAAUUUGCAGCUUUGAUAGAUUGGGCGGAACAAUUCUCUUCAAAUAAUUUGUCGAAAACUGUAGAUAGUGAAAAGAACUGUAAGUGAUUGUAGUCAUGUAUGCUGUUAAGGUACAUGAAACAUAAUAUGACUUACCUUGAUCAGACUUUUAAGCUGUCCAAUGUGCAGCUGUGUUACAUCAGGUGAAACGAUCCUAUAUGUAGAAAAAUUUAGACUAGAUUGGAAAAAGCACUGUUAGUGACUUAUUAUUGUAAUAAUUUAGUCAUGUAUGCUGUUUUGCUAAGUAUGUUGCAUUUGAUGAUCAUGAUGAUAUUCCAAAUUUAGUGAUAACCUUUGUUACACUUUUAGGAGAAAAGACAAUAAUCCUGGCAGCUAGUAUUUGAAGUUUUUUAGAUUGACUUGUAUCUAAAUGUUUAAACUACAUUGCUUUUAUCAGUGACUACUAUGUAUUUCCAAACUAUGCUAUCUAAAUCAUGUUGCGACACUCAGGCAUAUUAGCUGUUGCCAUUAAGAUUCAGAUACUUUUGACAUCUUCCCUUGGCUGAUUUUUAACCUAUUUAACAUUGGUAUGUACCAGCAACUAUUGCAUGUUCAUGUAUCAAGGCAACUUAAUCACAUCCUACAUGUAGAUAGAUUUCUUGACUACUGAAAAACUGACAUUCUUUGAUAGAAUGAAGGAUCUAGGAUGACUUUCAAGCAUCAAUAAUAGACUGCAGAAACUAUAUAUUUUUGUAUUCACAAUCAAUGUACCUCUGGUAGCUACUUUGGUGGUAAUUUCAUCCAUACAUAUUUGUUGAAUUUGACUGAUAAUUAGAAUACAUCUAACUGCUGAUGUAUAGUCUUUUUAUAUAUCAAAUUGAAAAUAAUUGCUGUUAUGCAUGAUUUCAAGUUUGAACAUUGUCACGAAUCAUGAAGAUGAUGGAAUGUAAAAUUUUAGCUCUGCAAUUGAUGUAUAAAUCAUGAUUUCUUAAGGUAAGCCAUUCAAAUGUUGGUCAGUUUUUGUUUUUGAACUCAUUAAUCAUUAGAAGUGAUGUACUUUUAGGCCAGUACAUGUACAAUGUAUGGUGCAAAGCGACUUAAUUUCUGCAUAUUUUUGAAUAAAUGAAUAAUUUUCCUGAACAUCAA